AAAGUGGCUGGCACUCCGUGUAGACGCUCUGAGGACAGCUGUGACCUGCCCGAGUUCUGCUUAGGGACAAGUGCGUUUUGUCCAGAUGAUUUUUACCUGAUGGAUGGACUUCAGUGUCAGAGCGGAGCGGCGUACUGCUACGAGGGACGCUGCCAAACCUACGACUACCAAUGCAGACGAUUAUUCAGCCCAGACCCAGCCACAAAAGCAGCAGAUAUUUGCUUCCAGACGGCAAAUAUUAAAGGAAACGAAUACGGCAACUGUGGCAGGAACAACAAGGACUACAUCAAGUGCCCCACAGCGACUCUGGACUGAGCCUGGAUCAGAGAGAGAACAGAGAGGACGCAGCCCCUCCCACCACCAGCAGGGCGGCGCUGGAGAGUCAACACUCUGAACUAAAUGGACCCAAUAAUAAAAUAUGAAUGAUUAACCUUCAUCAGCCUCUGGAGGAUCACAGUCCAACAUCUUUACUGCACACAGCUGUAAAAACACCAGAUUAGGUUGUUUUAUUCACAUUUAUCAGAGAUCUCAGGAGAGACUUUAUAUCAAACAGAGGAGGAGCAGAGGAGCAGAGGAGCAGAGGAGGCUCACAGUGACUCAGGAGGUGUUGGACUGUUUGUCUGAGCAGCACCUCUGCCCUCUCACUGUCACUCAGACUGGACUGAGCAUGGAUCAGAGAGAGACCAGAGAGGACGGAGCCCCUCCCUCUAUAAAAGCUCACAGACCUGCUCCUGGGGCCAGAGGCGUCUCAUUCAAGAGUGAUCACUCGAAGAGAGAAUUGAUUAAUUUUAAAAGAGAACAUGGUCCAGAGAUCCACCAGAAACAUCCUCCAUCUGAACCUGGUCCCAUCUGUGAGUCCCUCAGGAGUGACAUGUCUAUGGACCGUCCACCUAAGUUUUCCACAGAGCCAGUGGAGCAGCAGGGUCCAGAGGUCUCCAGUGGUCAGCACCAUCAGACACAGCUGGACUCCAUAUUUAAGCACCUCUGCCCUCUCACUGUCACUCAGACUGGACUGAGCAUGGAUCAGAGAGAGACCAGAGAGGACGGAGCCCCUCCCUCUAUAAAAGCUCACAGACCUGCUCCUGGGGCCAGGGCCGUCUCAUUCAAGAGUGUUCGCUCUAUGGUACGAGAGAUAGAGUCAAAAAGAGAACAUGGUCCAGAGAUCCACCAGAAACAUCCUCCAUCUGAACCUGGUCCCAUCUGUGAGUCCCUCAGGAGUGACUGGUCUAUGGGACAGCCAAUUGGUUUUGCCGCUGAGCCAGUGGAGCAGCAGGGUCCAGAGGUCUCCAGUGGUCAGCACCAUCAGACACAGCUGGACUCCAUAUUUAAGCUUCUGGAGGAGGACAUCUUCACUUUUGUCCAGAAGGAGCUGAAGAAGCUCCACAAGGUUCUGAGUGCAGAUUACCCAGAAUGCUUAGAGCCAGAGGAGGAUGAAGAGCAGAGGAGCAGCAGUGAGGCUGUUCUGAAGAUCACACUGAACUUCCUGAGGAGGAUGAAGCAGAAGGAGCUGGCUGAGCGUCUGUGGAGCAGGAGUUAUUCUGGAGUUUGUCAGCGUAAACUGAAGUCUAACCUGCAGCAGAAGUUUGAGUGUGUGUUUGAGGGCAUCACUAAAGCAGGAAACCCCACCCUUCUGAAUCAGAUCUACACAGAGCUCUACAUCACAGAGGGAGGGUCUUCAGAGGUCAACCAGGAACAUGAGGUCAGACACAUGGAAACAGCCUCCAGGAAACCAGACCCAGCAGAGACACCCAUCACAUGUGAAGACAUGUUUAAAGGCCCAGCUCACACACAUGGACCAAUCAGAACAGUGCUGACAAAGGGAGUGGCUGGCAUCGGGAAAACAGUGCUCACUCAGAAGUUCAGUCUGGACUGGGCUGAAGGCAAAGCCAACCAGGACAUACAGCUGCUGUUCCCGUUCACUUUCAGAGCACUCAAUGUGCUGAAGGAGAGAAGCUUCAGCUUGGUGACACUUGUUCAUCACUUCUUUAGUCAAACACAAACAGAACUCUGCAGCUUUGAACACCUCCAGGUGCUCUUCAUCUUUGACGGUCUGGACGAGUGCAGACUUCCUCUGGACUUCACCAAAACCAAGGCCCUGACCGACCCCACAGAGUCCACCUCACUGCACGUGCUGCUGGUAAACCUCAUCAGGGGGAGCCUGCUUCCCUCCGCUCGCCUCUGGAUAACCACACGACCCGCGGCGGCCAAUCAGAUCCCUGCAUGGUGUGUCUCCAUGGUGACAGAGGUCAGAGGGUUCACCGACCCACAGAAGGAGCAGUACUUCAGGAAGAGGUUCAGAGAUGAGGCAGACACAAUCAUCUCCCACAUCAAGACGUCCAGAAGCCUCCACAUCAUGUGCUACAUGCCAAUCUUCUGCUGGAUCGCUGCCACAGUCCUGGAGCAUGUGUUGAAAAGCAGAGAGAGAGGAGAGCUGCCCAAGACCCUGACUCAGAUGUACAUCCACUUCCUGGUGGUUCAGGCCAAAGUGAAGAACAUCAAGUAUGAAGAAGGAUCUGAGACAGACCCACACUGGAGUCCAGAGACCAGGAAGAUGGUGGAGUCUCUGGGAAAACUGGCCUUUGAGCAGCUCCAGAAAGGAAACCUGAUCUUCUAUGAGUGUGACCUGAGCGAGUGUGGACUGGACGCUGCAGCGGCCUCAGUGUACUCUGGAGUGUUCACACAGGUCUUUAGAGAGGAGCCAGGCCUGUACCAGGACAAGGUCUACUGCUUCAUCCAUCUGAGUGUGCAGGAGUUUCUGGCUGCUCUUCAUGUCUAUCAGAGCUUCUUCAGCUCUGGGGAGAACCUGCUGGAGCCGCCACACUCCUCUGAGAGUCCAAAAUCUAACUGUCAUGAGACUGAGCACCAUUCAGAUUCAAAGAACGAUUCCCCUGUCCCCUCAGAGAGUCCAGACCCUGAGUCAUCCUUCUAUCGCUCUGCUGUGGACCAGGCCUUACAGAGUCCAAAUGGACACCUGGACCUGCUCCUCCGCUUCCUCCUGGGUCUUUCACUGUCGACCAAUCAGAGCCUUCUACAAGGUCUGCUAACACAGACAAGAAGUAGCUCCCAGUCCAAUAUAAAAACAGCUGAGUACAUCAAGAAGAAGCUGAGUGAGGAUGUGUCUGCAGAGAGGAGCAUCAACCUGCUCCACUGUCUGAAUGAACUGAAUGAUCGUUCUCUGGUGGAGCAGAUCCAAUGGUACCUGAGUUCAGGACGUCUGUCUAAAGCUAAACUGUCUCCUGCUCAGUGGUCAGCUCUGGCCUUCAUCUUACUGUCAUCAGAAGAAGAUCUGGAGCAGUUUGAGCUGAAGAAAUACUGUGCUUCAGAGGAGGCUCUCCUGAGGCUGCUGCCAGUGGUCAAGGCCUCCAACAAAGCUCUACUGAGCGGCUGUAACCUGUCAGAGAGAAGCUGUGAAGCUCUGGCCUUAGUCCUCAGCUCCUCCAGUCUCACACACCUGGAUCUCAGUCACAACGACCUCCAGGACUCAGGAGUGGAGCUGUUGUGUUCUGGACUGAAGAGCGCCCCCUGCAGACUGGAGACGCUCAGGCUGUCUGGAUGUCUGGUCUCACAGAGGGGCGGGGCUGCUCUGGCCUCAGCUCUGAGCUCCGCCCCCUCCCACCUGAGAGAGUUAGACCUGAGCUACAACCAUCCAGGACCCUCAGCCGAGCUCCUGACCGCUCUACAGGACCAGCGCCCCCUGCUGUCUGUCAGACUGGACCAUGCUGGAGCUCAGUGGUUAACACCAGGACUCAGAAAGUAUUUCUGUGAUCUCACUCUGGAUCCAAACACAGCUCAGAUAAACCUCAAACUGUCUGACACCAACAAGAAGGUGACACAUGUGACAGAGGAGCAGCCGUAUCCAGAUCAUCAGGACAGAUUUGAGAUCAGGCCUCAGAUUCUGUGUUCCACUGGUCUGACUGGUCACUGUUACUGGGAGGUCCAGUGGAGUGGAUGUGUUUAUAUAUCAGUGUCUUACAGAGAAAUCAGAAGGAAAGGACACAGAGAGGACAGUUUGUUUGGAUACAAUGAUCAGUCCUGGAGUCUGUUCUGUUCUGACGGUGGUUUCUUUGUUCAUCAUAAUCACAAACGCACCCCCCUCCCUCAGUCCCGCUCCUCUUCUGGGACAGUCUCAGUGUUUGUGGACUGUCCUGCUGGCUCUCUGUCCUUCUACACAGUCUCCUCUGACCAACUGACCCACCUCCACACCUUCAACACCACAUUCACUCAGCCUCUGAUCCCUGGGUUUGGGUUUAGUCUCUGGACUGAAGGCUCCUCAGUGUCUCUGUGUCCGACAGACUCACCCUCCUCUGUGUAAAAUACAACAGUCAAAUCUGUAGAAAAAUCACUUUGUAAAUGUUGAUUUUAUUUUGACUUCAUUUGACCAGAGAUUUAUUUUAUAAUGUUUUAUUUCCUCUGAAAGACAAACUGCACAGACACGUCAUGUAGUAGUAUUAGUAGUAGUAGUAGUAGUAGUAGUAGUAGUAGUAGUAGUAGUAUUAGUAUUCGUAGUCGUAGCAGUUUUGCUCUUGUUUUUCCUCAUCACAAACAUCUAAUGCUCUUGUUUUUAGCCUGAUUUACUCUGCCUCACACUGUGACACUUCCACAUGACCCUUAAAUGUUCUUCUCUUUAUUUAAAUUCAAAUACACUGUCAGUCAAAUAUCUCUAAGUGUUUUAUCGACUUACACCUGUUGAUUUUAUUAUUAUUUUUUAUAGUCUAAAUUUAUAUCUCAUUAACAUAUUUCAUAUUUUUUCAUCACAAUUUAAAUAUUUGUGUUUGAUUUACUCUGUGUGAGUCUCAAGCUGUAAAUAUAUUGUAUUAUUACUAUAGAAUAAUGAGUAAAACACAUUAUAAACUGUAUCUAAGCCUGUUUUUGGUGU